GGAGAAUUAGGGCUGUUGCUGUCUCUGGAAUUCAACGGCCCGCGCAGUUCGAACGAACGGGCGCGGACGGGGCGCCUUUCGGGACAGCUUUAGAGCGCGAAGUAUCCUCGAUAGAGAUCAGCUGCGCGCCCCGAGGAGGUGCGCGAAGAAGCUGCUCUACAGGGGCUUUCCUGGCGACAAAUGUAGAGUACCAAUGGAAUCCAACUUACGGCUUUACCAUAAAAAAGAUGAUGAUGAUGAAGAACUCUUGCUUGCAAAUGUAGAGGCAUUAAGGAAUCAACUGAGGAAAACCGAGAGAAAUCUACAAAAUCUAGGGGAAGAGCUUUCCAGUACUAGUUCGAGUGAGCAAUCUGUCCACAGCUCUCAUUUCAAUGAGUUUGUCGGACUAACACUGGAAGAUCUUGUUGAGCCGAGUUGCACUGAAUUUCAAAAUUAUUUCGCUCAUAAGAGUGCUGGUAAAAUGUCCCACCAGAGCAGGGAUUCUCAAAGAAAAUCCCAAACCAAGUCUUACCCAGUGUCCACUCCUUUUAAUAAAAGUAUGGAACAAGAAAAUGAGCAUCUUAGAGAGAAGCUGAACACACUUCGAGAUCAAAAUGCAUCUUUGACUUCCCAGAACCACUGUCUAAUGAAUAAAAUUGAAACUAUCAACUUUGAACUGACUCAGUCAAAAACAAGAAUCUCUUUUCUUGAAUCAGCUCUAGGUACCCAUUCAGUCAGUAUUCCUAUGUUAGAAGAACAGAUUGCAAAUUUGGAAGCAGAAGUUGCAGCUCAAGAUAAAGUCCUGAGAGAUGCAGAAGAUAAAUUAGAGCAAAGCCAGAAAAUGGUGGUAGAAAAAGAACACAUUUUGCAAAGGUUUAAAGAAGAAUAUAAAAAAUUGAAAACGGAUUUAAUUGAACGAAGCAAGCAAGGGAAGAGAGCUGAACAGCAAAGAAAUGAGGCUCUGUUUAAUGCUGAAGAGCUGACGAAAGCUUUUAAAAAGUACAGAGAGAAAAUAACUGAAAAACUUGAAAAGGUUCAAGCUGAAGAAGAAACUUUAGAGAAAAAUCUAAUUAAUUGUGUAAAAGAAAAAGAAAAGUUGCAUGAAAAAUGUGUUGCCUAUAGAAAUGAACUUGAAAUCACAAAGGAACAAUUAAGACAAUUAAAGGAUGAGAACCGUAGUGCAAAAGAAGAGAUGAGGAGUCUAGAGGCAAAAAACACUGAAAUUGUGUCACAGCUAACACAGUCUGAACAGAAGAUCCUGAAGCUUGAGAGUGAACUUAAUGACAAAGUAGUAGUACUUAAAGAGAAAAAUGCCCUAGUAAGUGAAAAUGCAGAGCUAAAAGCACUUAUUGCACAGCAAAAUGAUCGCCUAAAAUUAUGUCAUCAAGAAAUUGAGGAUUCAAGAGAAGAACUGAGCACCUUGGAAACUAUUAUCUCCCAGUUGUCGCUAGGUACAUCUAAAGAGUUUAAAUUGCAUCCCUCGAAACGUCAGAUGGCCAGUUCCUCUGCAAAGGAAGCUAUGUAUGCCUCUUGUUGCGAGUCAAACAAAUCCCUGAUUGCAGACUUAAGAAUCAAACUGGCAAUGAAAGAAGCAGAAAUUCAAAAGCUUCAGGCAAACCUAACUGUCAGUAAAGUAGCUCAACAUCUUUCUAAUGAUUAUGAGGGACAAGAAAGUGGCAGAUUACAUGGCCUGGAAACAGAACCUGUAAAAUUGAUUGGAAAUCAAACAGAAGAGAGAAAAUGUCAACAAUUGGAGCUCAUCAGUAAACAGUUUGAAAAGGAGCGUCGAAGAUUCACAAGAGAGAUAGAAGAGUUCCGUGCUAAGCUGUCAAAAGCAGAAGAGGAGAAUUCUUCUUUAAAGACCAGCAUGGCCCAGAGAGCCAGUCAGUUUCAAAUUAUACAGGAAGAACUACUGGAGAAGGCUGCAAAAACUACUAACUUAGAGCGAGAAAUAACAAAGAAAUCCUCUCAGCUUUCAGUACUUGAAAAGCAGUUGGAAGAAAAGACAGUUGCUUAUUCUGCUGCUGCUGCAAGAUGUUCUGAGCUGGAUCAGGAGCUCAUAGAAAAGAAUGGCCAGAUUCGCAACUUGGAAGCAAAUAUCAAUGAAGAACAUGAGCAAGUAACUAUAGCUUUUGAAAAAGCAAAGUUAAUUCAUCUUGAACAGCACAAAGAGAUGGAAAAACAGAUUGAAAUACUUCAGACUCAGCUGGCUAUGAAACACCAGCAAAUUAAUGAGCUAGAGAAGACAAUGUCUGUUUUACAAGAAGAUAUUGUAUGUAAACAGCGUCACCUUGAAUCAUUGGAUCGGCUGCUGAUAGAAAGCAGAGAGGAAAUGGAAAAGCAAAAUACCAAGAAAGAAGAAGCUUUGAAAAUGUUGCAAAGCCAAUUAACGGAAGAAACAAUCAAAGUCCGACAACUAGAGUCGGCACUAGACAUUUGUAAGGAAGAACUUAGAUUGUAUCUGAGUCAAUUAGAAGAAAAUAAGGAGUCAUUUGAAAAGCAGCUAAAGAAGAAGUCUGAAGAGGUGCACCGGUUACAAAAAGAAAUAAAACAAAGAAAUCAUAAUCUUCAGGACACCACUGAACAAAAUGUCCUCCUACAGCAAACUCUGCAGCAGCAGCAGCAAAUGUUACAGCAGGAGACAAUUAGAAAUGGAGAGCUAGAGGAUAGCCAAAUUAAGCUUGAAAAACAGGUAUCAAAACUGGAGCAAGAGCUUCAAAAACAGAAAGAAAACUCCGAAGAAGAGUUGAGAAAGGCAGAAGGGAAGCUCCGUAUAGCCUCUCAGGAAGCAGAUUUAAAAAGACAGAAGGUGGCUGAACUUACUAGCACAAUUGGGCAGAUUAAGCUGGAGAUGGAUCAGUGCAAGGAUGAGCUAAUUGGUAUGGAGAAAGAACUAAUGCAUUUAAGACGAGAUGGUGAAACUAAAACAGUGCAGCUAAGUCACUUAGAAAUGACUUUGGAGCACACUCAGUCAGAACUAAAUAAAAAAACACAACAAGUGAGUGAUCUGGAAGAUAAACUGCUUCAGAGUGAGACUGGGCAAAAGGAUGCUUUACACAGAAUAGAAGAGCUAGAGGCUGAACUACAAAAUGCCCAUGGAGAAUUAAAAAUCACUUUGAGACAAUUACAGGAACUGCGAGAUGUGCUACAGAACGCACAGUUUUCUCUGGAGGAGAAGUAUGCUGCUAUCAAGGAUCUAACAGCUGAACUUAGGCAUUGUAAGGAUGAAAUUGAGGACAAAAAGCAAGAACUUCUUGACAUGGACCAGGCAUUGAAAGAAAGGAACUGGGAACUGAAACAAAGAGCAGCUCAAGUUACCCAGUUGGAUAUGACUAUUCGUGAACACAGGGGAGAAAUGGAACAAAAAAUAAUUAGAUUAGAAGGUAGUUUGGAGAAAACUGAGUUAGAAAUUAAAGAACGCAAUAAACAGAUUGAGAGCUUAGAUUGCAAGCUACAGCAUUCUAAAGAUGAGCUUCGUGAAAAAGAGUUUGAAUUGCUCCAGAGAGAUCAAGAAAUAAAUCAACUAAAAAAGGAAAUUGAAAGAAAACAACAUAGAAUAACAGAUAUUGAAAAAGUAAUGAAAGAUCAGGAGAAGUGCAUUGCAGACCAGUACAAGGAAGCAUUAGAUUUAGGUCAGCAGUUGAGGCUAGAACGAGAACAGAUGCAGCACAUUCAUUUGGAGCUUUUGGAGACUCGCCGGCUGUUGGUUCAAGCUCAAAGAGAAACUGACAGACUCUCGCAAGAACUGGAAGAAAUGAACCAUCUGUCUCGAGAAAAGGAAGCUCAUGCAAACUGUUUGGCAGAAGAACUGGGUGCUGCCCAAGCACGUGAAGCUCAGUUACAAGCAAAAAUGCAAGCAGAGAUAAAAAAGCUUUCAUCAGAAAUAGACUCAUUAAAGGAUGCUUAUGAGCAGGAGAAGCUUGCACAUCAGACAAAUCAGGAAAGGUGGCAGAUGUCCACAGACAGCCAGAAAUCUGGCUCUCAUCAUCUAAGUGGACAAUUGCAGCAGCUGAAGCAGGAGUUAGAAGAGGCUCAGGACACUGUCAAUAAUCUUCAGCAACAACUUCAGGCUAGAAAUGAAAUGGUUCAAGCUGCAAAUGAAGCACUGCUUGUGAAGGAAUCUGAAGUAACGAGAUUACAAACGAGAAUUGCUGGGCAUGAAAGAACAGAAGGCAUCAAAAAGCUACCAAUCCCGCUUGUAUUAUCAGAUCAUAUGCUCUUUGAUGUUCAAGAACAAGAUUCUUCCAGAAAUUCUCAUACGUCAUACUUCAAACAUAGAAAACUGCGUCGUUCUAUAAGUGCUAGUGACCUAGGUGUUAAAGAUGAUGAUUCUCUAAAUCUAUCAAAAACAAUGUUAAAAGACUUCAAACAAAUGCUUACAUUAAAGCCCUCAAUGAUUCCAGAGAGUCAAAAGGAUUUUCUUCAUACUCCACCAAACAGUUUGAAUGAAUCUUCAUUCGAUCCCCUCACAUACAUUGUAGAUGAAGAUGUGACAUCAGACAGUAAUGACUUCCAGACACUUAGUGGAAUGCUAAAAUAUAUCAACAAAGAAAUGAGGCAGUCUGAAAACGCUUCUGUACAAAUAUCAUGUGGUACAAACUCAAAGGAGAAUCAAGAAUCUGGUUUGUGGUACAGUAAUUCUUAA